AGGAAUCGAGAAUCGAUAUUUGAAAAGCCAAACAAGGAAUUUAACCUCUAAAUCAAACGUUGGUUUAAAAUGUGUCUUAUUCGCAUGCUAAUACGGUAGCGGAACGUUCCCACUUAAUAAGAAAACCAAACAAUGUCUGCGGCUAAGCAGCAACAAAAUGCUCACGGAGAACCGAGGGAAAAGAAAAGGAAAGAGAGUAUUCUCGACCUCUCGAAAUAUUUGGAGAAAAAUAUUAGAGUAAAAUUCACCGGUGGAAGGGAAGCUGCAGGAAUUUUAAAAGGAUAUGAUCCUCUUCUGAACUUAGUACUUGAUAAUACCACGGAAUACCUUAGAGAUCCAGAUGAUCCGUACAAGUUAAAUCAAGACACUCGUAUGUUAGGUUUAGUUGUAUGUAGAGGUACAUCUGUGGUACUUAUUUGUCCAGUAGAUGGAAUGGAAUCUAUUCAAAAUCCUUUCAUACAGCAAGAAGGUUAACAAAAUUUAUUCUU